AUGAAACUGAAAUUAAGUUACAAAAUAUAUCAUGAUGCUAAUUUGACCCAACAUUAUGAAUUGAUGCCAUUGCUAUUACAUGGUGAAGAAGAAAAGAAUAAGAGUUGGACUGACGAUGAAGUGGUAAAGUAUGUUAAGGAGAAAGUCAAAUGUAAUUUGAAAUUGGUUCGGAUUAAUAGAGGUGGUUGA